CACUCAUCACAUUAACCAAAUCACACACACAAACAAAACAGCUUCCCUCAUUCCCUCCUCUUCUCCCCCUACAAAACCUCUCCAUUUAAGCUUCCAUGGCUCCAAGCUUAACCAAGAGUGCCCUUGAGGUUAUGGGGGUUCUGGAUGGUCAUCAGCAAUCAUCCUCUAUAAUUCUUGACGUAUCAACUUUUCUUGCUAAUGGCCAUCCCAUUCUUACUCAAGUCCCUACAAGCAUUAUUGCCACGCCAUCACCAUUUUGCUCCACAAACAAGUCCAAGGAUAUGGAAGGUUGCUUUGUGGGUUUCGACGCAGACUUGCCGAAAAGCCACCACGUCAUGCCCAUUGGCAAGCUCAAGGGCAUAAGAUUCAUGAGCAUAUUCAGGUUCAAAGUCUGGUGGACCACUCACUUAUAUCUCUAUCAUCACUGGAUCGGCAACAGCGGGAAAGACGUGGAGCAUGAGACCCAGAUGAUGAUAUUGGACAAAAAUGACUCAGGCCGCCCCUACGUUCUUCUGCUUCCACUCAUUGAAGGUCCCUUUAGGGCUUCUCUUCAACCCGGGGCCGAUGACUACGUGGACAUCUGUGUUGAGAGUGGGUCCACCAAAGUCUGUGAGUCCAGUUUCAGGAGUUGCCUAUACAUGCACGUCGGCGACGAUCCUUAUAGCCUAGUGAAGGAGGCGAUGAAGGUGAUAGGGGUCCAUUUGGGCACCUUUAAGCUCCUAGAAGAGAAAACCCCACCAGGUAUAGUCGACAAAUUUGGCUGGUGCACUUGGGGUGCAUUUUAUCUUAACGUACACCCAAAAGGUGUAUGGGAAGGAGUGAAGGGCCUAGUGGAGGGUGGAUGCCCUCCAGGGAUGGUCCUUAUAGAUGAUGGGUGGCAAUCUAUAUGCCAUGACGAUGAACCCAUCACCGAAGAAGGCAUGAACAGAACGGCAGCCGGAGAACAAAUGCCAUGUAGAUUAAUAAAAUUCGAAGAGAACUAUAAAUUCAGGGACUAUGGAAGUCCGAAGAGAGCCUCUAAGAAGGGUAUGGGAGCCUUUAUCAAAGACCUUAAAGAAGAGUUUGAGAGCGUAGAGGAUGUGUACGUAUGGCAUGCUCUUUGUGGAUAUUGGGGUGGGAUUAGGCCUAAUAUGCAAGGAAUGCCGGAAGCUAGGGUGGUUACUCCGAGAUUGUCACAGGGCUUGCGAAUGACGAUGGAAGAUCUUGCGGUGGAUAAGAUCGUGAAAAGUGGAGUAGGAUUGGUACCACCAAACCUGGCCCACCAAUUGUACGAGGGACUUCACUCGCAUCUUCAGUCUGUGGGAGUUGAUGGCGUCAAGGUUGAUGUCAUUCAUUUGUUAGAAAUGCUGUCAGAGGAAUUUGGUGGUAGAGUUGAGCUUCCUAAAGCUUAUUACAAAGCACUAACUGCUUCUGUGAGGAAACAUUUCAAAGGAAAUGGCGUAUUUGCUAGCAUGGAGCACUGCAAUGACUUUAUGUUCCUUGGAACUGAAGCCAUAGCCCUUGGGCGAGUUGGGGAUGAUUUUUGGUGCACUGAUCCCUCAGGAGAUCCAAAAGGGACGUAUUGGCUUCAAGGGUGUCAUAUGGUGAACUGUGCCUACAAUAGCUUGUGGAUGGGAAAUUUCAUACUCCCAGAUUGGGACAUGUUCCAAACAACUCACCCUUGUGCCGAAUUCCAUGCUGCAUCAAGGGCUAUAUCUGGAGGACCAGUUUAUGUGAGCGAUUCUGUCGGCAACCACAACUUCAAGUUGCUUAAGAGGCUUGUCUUGCCUGAUGGCUCUAUUUUGCGCUGCCAGUCUUAUGCACUUCCUACCAGAGACUGCCUGUUUGAAGACCCAUUGCAUGAUGGCAAAACCAUGCUCAAGAUUUGGAACCUUAACAAAUAUACUGGAGUGCUGGGACUCUUCAACUGUCAAGGAGGAGGUUGGUGUCCUGUGUCCCGGAGAAACAAAAGUGCCGAUCAAUUUUCACGCUCUGUGACCUGCCUAGCAAGUCCUAAAGAUAUUGAAUGGAUCCAUGGAAAGAACCCAAUAUCUAUCGAAGGAGUGAGAGCGUUUGCGAUCUAUAUUCUCCAGGAAAAGAAACUGAAGCUUCUCAAGUCUUUGGAGAGCAUAGAGAUUUCACUUGAACCAUAUAAUUAUGAGCUGCUUAUAGUUUCUCCUGUGACAAUGUUACCCAGAAGACUAGUCCAGUUUGCUCCCAUUGGACUCGUGAACAUGCUUAAUUCUGGUGGUGCGAUCCAGUCUCUGGCCGUUGAUGACAAAAAUUUGGUGAGAGUUGGGGUUAAGGGAAGAGGAGAAAUGCGGGUGUUUGCAACAGAGAAGCCAAUGGCUUGCAAAAUAGAUGGGGUAGAUGUUGAGUUUAGCUAUGAUGAUCAAAUGGUGAUAAUUCAAGUUCCAUGGCCUAAAUCUUCAAGAUUGUCUGUAAUCGAGUACUCAUUUUAGAGUUUUUUUUUUUUUUUUUAAACUCAUUUUACAUUGCUUUUUGUCAUUUGGAUUUCCAACUGUUAAUAAUUUCCUUUCGUUUGCAAAGGAAGAUAUAUU